AUGUUUACUAAAACUCGAGGAAAAAGACCUCAACAUUUCGCAAAGGUGGAGGCAACGCUCUACGAGUGCCGCUUAGAGCAGGUUCAUCAAGCGGUCAAUAUUACGAUGGAAAGAAUCGGCGCCGCUGCCCAAGGACUAUCGCUGACGUACGAUUUGUACGGACUACUUGUGAUGGCAGACAAUAACUUGGCAAACUCGAGAUACGAGUUUUUCAAUGACACGGAGGAAGGAGUAACAUUGGAACCUAGCUUUACCGCCGACUUCAUAUGCAGAGAAGUCGAGUUCAUCAAGGAAUUUCGAAGUCAAGUGGAAACCGAAAUCAGAGAAGCGUCCAGACCAAAGAAGAAAUAG